CGCAUUGACUCUUAUCUCUCUCUCUCCACCUCCAUAAACCCAAACCCUGAAUCCUACAUAAUCUCACCACUUUCAUCAUCUUCAACCUCUCAUCAAAGCACCUUCUCCUUCCCCUCAAUAGUACUAUUUUCUCACUCAGUGUCAUUGCUGUAAUUUCCCCCAUCUACAAGUCUCCUUCCAAAACACUGCAUGCAGAGUUACAUAUACUCAUUAUACAUAAUCCCUCCCAACCCAAGUAGUUGAAUAUUUGAUAUCAUAGAAACAGUAAGGAACCAGAGAGAGAGAGAGAGAGAGUUGUUAUCAUUUUUGCUAAUUAGACAGUGAGAGAAAUGGGAAGCUCCGGGGGUGACGGUGACUGUGAGUAUGAUGUGAUAGUGAUCGGUGCCGGAAUAAUGGGCAGUUGUGCAGCCUAUGAGUUGUCAAAGCUUGGCCAAACAACACUUUUACUAGAAAAGUUUGACUUUCUUCACCAUGUUGGUUCCUCUCAUGGUGGUUCUCGCACCAUCCGUGUAACAUACCCAGAGCUUUACUACCCUCCCAUGGUUCUUGAAUCCUUUAAGCUCUGGGAACAAGCUCAGUCUGAGAUUGGCUACAACGUCUACACUAAAACCCCUCAGCUUGACAUUGGUCCUUCUGAUAACAAGAGCUUCCUUGCUCUCAUCUCAUCCUGCCAAGCAAAUUCAAUACCUUUCCAAUUCCUAAACCAAUCUGAUGUAACCAAGCUCUUCUCCGGAACAUUUGAUCUGCCGGAAGGAUGGACGGCGGUGGUAACAGAGCUCGGCGGUGUUCUCAAGCCGACGAAAGCUGUGGCUAUGUUUCAAAGUCUUGCAAUUCGUCAUGGUGCUGUUUUGAGAGACCGAAUGGAAGUUUUAGAUAUCAAGAAAGACCAUAACUGUGGUGUUCAAGUGUUCACGGUCUCCGGCCAACGGUUUAAAGGUAGGAAGUGUGUGGUGACUGUUGGAGCUUGGACUAGAAAGUUAGUUAAUUCAGUUACUGGUAUGAAUUUGCCUAUUCAACCUCUGCAUACAAGUGUUUACUAUUGGAAGGUGAAGGAAGGGAAGGAAGAUUUGUUUUCGCCGGAAAGUGGUUUUCCGACUUUCGCGAGCUAUGGUGAGCCUUAUAUAUAUGGUACUCCGGUGAUCGAGUUCCCGGGGUUGGUGAAGAUAGCAUUGCAUGGAGGGAGUUUCUGUGAUCCUGAUAAGAGGGAGUGGGGAAGAAACAGUGUUGUUGAUUCUGUUAGGAGUUGGAUUGAGCUGGUAAUGCCCAAGUUUGUGGAAGCUGGUGAACCUGUGAUAUCACAAGAUUGUAUGUAUUCAAUGACACCUGAUGAGGACUAUGUGAUUGAUUUUCUUGGAGGGGAGUUUGGGGAGGAUGUGGUGGUUGCCGGAGGGUUUUCCGGGCAUGGUUUUAAGUUGGCUCCGGUGGUGGGGAGAGUGGUGGCGGAGAUGGUGGUGGUGGAUGGGGAGGUGAAAGGAGUGGAGAUGAAGCAUUUUAGGAUUGGGAGGUUUGCAGAGGAUCCUAAAGGGAAUGCUAAGGAACAUGGGGACAACCAGGUUAAUUCUCUCUGAUUACUUAGAUUUGUGUUUUUCUUUUUUAUUGAUUUUAUUGUGAUGUUGUAGUUUUGGAUUUGAUUUUUAAGCCUG